AUGUCGCACAUAUACAUUUAUUAUUUAAUACUUCCAAUUCUUCUGAUUAAUUCCGGUCAAAUUCCUUAUAUUAAUAAUACUAUUAUUAUUUCAAGAAUUCCUUUAAAUACUACUUUAAUUAUAAAUGUAACAUACGAUCGAUGCCUUUGUCUAUCAUCAUUAUCAUAUCCAGCUUUUAAUUGGUUUCCAAACGGCACUUGUCAAUUAUUUUCUGUCUUUCCAAUAACAUAUCGUAUUCAAAUAAUGACAGGUGCUCGUCUCUAUUUUCCUCAAAAAACAUAUCCAAAUGCCAGUCAAUGUUGUAUGCCAGAUAUUAAUUAUUUAUUAAAUAGACUCAAGCAAGCCACUAUCAUUCUUGCGAAUAUAACGACACCUCGUGAAAUGAUUAUUGAUGAUCAUGGUUAUUUAGUAACAGUUGAAAUGACACCAAAUUUUCUUCAUCGUUUUGAUCUAAACAAUCUAACAACAAUUACUCGUAUUGCUAUCCCAAAUGCAAAUGAAAUGAGUAUAGGUUAUAGUCAAAAUGCAUAUUUCAUUGCUCCAAAUAAUCAAAAUUUCAUACCAAUUAUUAACAGUCAAAAUUUAACAAUAAUGAAUAAUAUUACAAUGACAGGUGUCAGCGGUCCACGUGGUAUUAUGUUUCUUAAUAAUGGCUCAACAAUGGUUGUUACAUCAAACUCAAAUAAUUCUCUUGUAUUCUAUAAUCGGACAAGUCUUGCACCAGUCAUGUAUAAAUUUGUUUUUUCUCAGCCGGUUCACUAUGCUGGCCCACAUGGAUUAUGGCGUGUCAAUGAUUCUUUCUUUUAUGCUACAUCCUAUACUAAUAAGUCAAUUUAUUCUUACAGUGCAACUAAUAUUAGUACAAAUUGGAAUGAAGCAUUGGCUCUUAAUUUAGUUAAAUUGAAUAAUACAGGAGGUUCUACCAGUAUGGUAAUUGAUGAAUGUAAUCGAUUUUGGUUUCCAUUAGAGCGUAAUAUAGUAUUGAUAUAUGAUCAACAAGGAAACCUACUUGGUAAUUAUACUACUACUACUACAACAACAAAUUUUGCUGUUUCAUUUAUGAAAAUUAUUGACAAUUAUGUUAUGUACUUUUCUGACUGUACUAAUAAUCAAAUUAUGCGUCUUGAUCCAAAUAUUCAAUGUUAA